GAAGCUGAAGUUGUAGGAGAAGCCUUAAUUUCUUUAUUUUCUCAAUGGGGUGCACCAUCAAUUCUACAAUCUGAUAAUGGCAAAGAAUUUACUGCAAAUGUUAUUAAUCGAAUUUGCCAAUCACUUGGAAUUGUAAUUUGA